UUUAUUUUGUUUGAAAAUGAUGACACGUGAUAUCCAUGUGCGUCGGCGUCUGAGUCUCUGGCACAGGCAAUGAAAUCUUGCAAACUCAGCUUCCCACGAGACGAAACAUCUUCGUCACGCUGGCCUUCAUCAAGACUAAAAUACUUUCAUUUCUAUACGUAUAACUUUUUAUUCACAAAGAUUAGUCGACUGACGCACGAAACGCUCACUGACGACUAUUUUUUCAAAGCGGUUGGGGCUUCAUUUAUGGCUGAGUUAGAUCGAGAUAUAUGUUGAUGUUUGGAAUGGUUCGAUCGGACGAAUUGUAUUUGGAAUUUUUUUCAGAUCUUUGAUUUUCGGAGAUUGUGAUUUGAACUCAGCGAAAUGGAGGACGAGAAGAAGAAGAAGAGAAACAAGAAGAAGAAGAACAAACAGACGAAACAGGCGGAGGACAUUAACGGUGGUGGCGCUAAUGAGAAUCAUGUGAGCAAUGGGGAUAAUAAUCGUAGUGAAAUUUCGGAGACCGCCGGGCUUGAAAAUGGUGGUGUAGAUCUAAGUAGACACCAACACCAUUCCAAUGGUACAGAAGGCGCCAUUACAGCGGAAGCUGAGAAACAACACCUGCUGCAAAGAGAGGUCAUGUUAGAAGAGAUAGUGAAACAAUUGCAAAAUGAGAGAGACUGGUAUGUACAGAAAGAGGUUACCUUACAAGAGACAGUCAAACAAUUACGCAAUGAGAUUGAUUCAUAUGUGGAAAAAGUGACAACCUUUGAGGAAAAGAUAAAACAGUUACAAAGUGAGAAUGACCUACACAUUCAUAAAGAGGAUGCUUUAGAACAGACAAUCAAACAAUUACAAAAUGAAAAAAUUGUGCACAUGCAAAAAGAGGGUGGCCUGGAGAUGAGUAUUGUAAACUUACGAAGUGAAAAAAGUAUUUGGCUUCAAAAAGAGGCCGACUUUGAGGAGAAAAUCAGACAGUUACUGGAUAAAAAUGCUGCCUUCAAUUUGAAGGGGGCAAGCUUGGAGGAAAAAAUAAAACUUCUGCAGACAGACAAAGAUUCUUGGAUCCAAAUGGAGAACAUAUCAAAAGAUACAAUUACUAGCCUGAACGAUGAAAUCACACAGCUAAAGAUGCAGAACAAAGUCUGGCAGGUGAUGGCAUUGGAAGAAUCUAGGAAUUCUCUCGUGAAAGAAAACCAACAACUGAGUGAAAAUGUAUGUAGUCUGCAGUUACAACUUCAAAACCUUGAGAAUACUGUUUCCUUUGCUUGCUCAUCCAAUGAAAUUCAGAAGACUUCUGAAGAAGAGGACUUCAACACUCAGAUUGAAGCAGCAUGUCGACUGGUUGAUAAAUUGAUUUCAGAAAAUGUAGAGCUUGUUGAGAAGGUGAAUGAGCUGUCUGUUAAACUUGAUCGACAAACUGGACAAGCUGGGCUGUCUUCUGCCAUUGGAAGUGAUCCAUCGGCUAAAACCAUCAUUAAUGCUAAACCCAUCCCUGAAUUUAGUGUAAAUAUGCCGAUGUUGAGCCGUAAGCUGGAGUCUCCGGAAAUAGUAGAAGUUAAAAAUGAGAUAAACACAGUUAAUAAAGUGCAUACGGAGCCUCUUGUUUUUGUUCCAAACCCUUCAGAAGCUGAUGACUCUGUAGAAAUUGUCCAAAUUCCAUUGGAUGAUAAUGAAUUCCGGAACCUGGAGUCACAGGAUAGUGAGAUGGAUGAAAAUGCUGGUGUGCCGCUGUCGGACGCUCCCCUUGUCGGAGCUCCUUUCCGAUUAAUUUCGUUCGUUGCUAAAUAUGUUAGUGGUGCUGACUUGGUAAACUCUUCAAACACAGCGUCAUGACAAUCUGUAUACGGAAGGGUAUACUUUGAUUAGAAAUUGAACUGGGCCUAGAUUGGUCCAUUUACAUUGUUUUAUACAGGAAGAAUGUGAGCUAUUGCUGCACCGAUCUGCUUGAGUUGAGAUCAAAUUGAGUAUUGAGCUCGGUUUAUAAAAUAAAUUGAGUUUGAAUAAA